AUGGCUAAGUUCACCAGUUGCCGCUGUUUCGCUGCUGCCUUGGAUGAUCCAGGAAAUGAAGUCUUUGCACAGAGGAAGCAGUUUAACAAGAAAAAUGCAGAGGAAAUAUCAAAUGUCUUUGGUGAGGAGUCCCAGGACGGGCUGCAAAUGUACCAUUUCCCCGAGGAAGAGCCAAGAGGUCACGAGGUCACGGUCACCGCCGCCGUGGCCGCGCCGCAGCCCGCACGUUUCCGCGGCCUCUCGCGCUCCCUCCCUCCGGCAGGCGUCGCUGGCCACCGCAGGGCGGCGAGGAAGGAAGCGGACUCGAUCUUCCGUCCCGACGCCCGGGGACUCGGCACCCCCGGCCCGCCUUCUCCACGAGUCCGCUCUAGCGCCCUCUGCACGCGCCCAGCGACGAACCGGGUCCUCCCUCUGGAAGGCGAAGGGGCCCGGGCGGCGCGGCCGAAGGUCUGGGAGUCCUGGACGGGGCGGGGACGGGCGGAGGCGCGGCAGGAAACGCCCGGGGCCGGCAGUGCCGGUCGGGCCGGGGGCGCGGUGGAGGGGAGGGACGGGGCGGCGCCCGGCGGGGCUGCCCGGGCCGCGCACUCAGCCCUGGCGGCGCGCCCCGCGGGGACUGUUCGGGAGGAGUGCCGGGCCCGCGAGCCUUGGGAUUCCGGGACCGCCCUCUCCCGCUCCAGGGCCGGCGGCGAGCGGCAACGACGGCCAGAGCCGCAGCGGCAGCAUGAGAGCGGGCGCCGCGGCCCCACGCCUGCGGACGCGCGGCGAGCGGCGGCGGCCGUGCCUGCGCGCGCCAUGGGGGCGCCGUGGGGCCGGGAGGCCGGCCGGCGCUUCGGGCGGCGCCGGGGCCGGGGGCUUCUGCCGAGCGCCUCCGCGGUGGCGGCGGCCGGCCUGCUGUGCACCGCUCUGGCCGCCUUCUGCUGCUGGAGGCAGCUGCCGCCGCUGCCCUGGGCAUCCUCCGCCCCGCCGCGGCCGGUGGCCGUGCUGCUGUGGUGGGAACCCUUCGCGGGGCGCGACAGCGGCGCGAGGCCGCCCCCGGACUGCUGGCUGCGCUUCAACAUCAGCGGCUGCCGCCUGCUCACCGACCGUGCGGCCUAUGGGGAGGCCCAGGCGGUGCUUUUCCACCACCGUGACCUCGUGAAGGAACCCCGUGACUGGCCCCCGCCCUGGGGCGCCCCGGUGCGCGGGGCAGAUGAGCUGGAGUUGCGGGUGUUGGACGACGAGGAGGCGGUGGCCGCCGAAGCCCUGGCCACCUCGGGCCUCAGGCCCCCGGGCCAGCGCUGGGUGUGGAUGAACUUCGAGUCGCCCUCCCACUCCCCGGGCUUGCGGAACCUGGCGGGGAACCUCUUCAACUGGACCCUCUCCUACAGGGCCGACUCGGACGUCUUCGUGCCUUACGGGUACCUCUACCCCAGGACCCAUCCCAGCGACCAGCCGCUAGGCCUGGCCCCGCCGCUGGCCCGGAAACGGGGGCUGGUGGCCUGGGUGGUGAGCAACUGGGAUGAGCGCCAGGCCCGGGUCCGGUACUACCACCAGCUGAGCCAGCAUGUGUCGGUGGACGUGUUCGGCAGGAGCGGGCCUGGCCGGCCGGUGCCCAGCAUUGGCCUUCUGCACACAGUGGCCCGCUACAAGUUCUACCUGGCCUUUGAGAACUCGCAGCACCUGGAUUACAUCACCGAGAAGCUCUGGCGCAACGCGUUGCUGGCCGGGGCCGUGCCCGUGGUGCUGGGCCCCGACCGUGCCAAUUAUGAACGCUUCAUGCCCCGCGGUGCCUUCAUCCACGUAGACGACUUCCCUAGUGCCUCCUCCCUGGCUGCCUACCUGCUCUUCCUCGACCGAAACCCAGCAGUCUACCGUCGCUACUUCAGCUGGCGCAGGAGCUACGCCGUGCACAUCACCUCCUUCUGGGACGAGCCUUGGUGCCGGGCCUGCCAGGCUGUGCAGAGCGCCGGGGACCGGCCCAAGAGCAUACGCAAUUUGGCUCGCUGGUUUGAGCGGUGAAACCCCGGUGUGACCCAGGGAGGUCAGAUUGUCAACUUUUGACCCUCAGCUGUGCAUCUCCUUGGCUGGUCGAAUUUUCCAAACACUCAUUUUUACUCUACGGGGGAAAGGUGAUUUACCAAUUAAUAUGAUUCAGCAUAAAGACUGGGUAGGAAGGAUCCCUGGUUCUCAUGGUUUUGUUUUUUUGUUUGUUUUUUUGGGUUUGUUUUUUUUUUUUUUUGCACAGCUAGCAGUUGGGCUCUGUCUGCUGUAGGUGGGCAUCAGUGUUCACCGGUGAAGAAGGGAGCCCUCCCUCACCUUGUAACCAGGACGAGGUGAAACAGUAGCUUAACUACCAGAAGCCUUUGAGUCAGUUGCUCUUUUUUUCCUCAUCUGUCACGGGCUAUAUAGGUGGCCUGUGCUGAAUCCAAAUCCAUACACACUGCUCCUUGACUCACAUUGCACUGGGUGAAUGUGUAGCAAGCCCCCCCCUUCCAGAAGGAGCCUUGUUGCAGAAUAGUGAAAGGACUGUGGCCGCAAGUGGGUCUCAUGACUUCCUCAAAGCCUCAUCUCCUAAAAAACGGUGAGGAGGGUGGUCCAAUGAUCCAUGGACUGUUCCUUAACAAGUACUGUUUGUUCCCCUGCCGUAUGAGUACAAAGCCGAUGCUAGAUUGCCCUUGGGGAAGAGUUAGGAUGAAUAUACAGGUGUACCUCACUUUACACACACGUAUUUUUGAAACACUGCUUUUAAAUCAAAUCCCCAAUUCACUGCUUUAGGAGAGGUCAGUGUUUAAUGCAAUCCUCUGGAGAAUCCCUUUACAAUGUGAAUAAGCAUCUCCUAACUUA